AUGAGCCCUCGGUUACAUCCCUCUUUGCUUCGAGAAGCCCGUUCAAUUCAUAAAUGCUUGCCGUUAUUAUUACCAGAAUGCAGAACAAUUCAACAAGCUAAACAAGAAUUAAAAUGGCUUAUAGAUGGAUUUGGUAGUAGUAGCAACAAACUGCAAAGAGCUUGCAUAAAACGGUAUAGACAUGUGCCAUUACAAUAUAUUUUAGGUUCUCAACCGUUUGGCUCAUUAGAUAUACAAUGUAAGAAACAUGUACUGAUACCAAGAUGGGAAACUGAAGAAUGGUCCUUAAAUUUAUCUAAUUCCUUAAAAAAAUCAAUGAACUCAAUGAACUCGAUGAAAUUGAAUAACGAUUGGAAUAUCGUAGAUUUAUGUUCUGGUACCGGAUGUAUUCCUUUAUUAGUAAUUAAGGAAACUAAAAAAUUAUUCGUAAUGAAUUCAUUGAAGGUUAAUGCAAUAGAUUGUUCACCAUUUGCUAUUAAUUUAACAAAUUUAAAUUUUAAAAGAAAUUUUAAUAAUGGAUUAAAUUUAAAAAAUUGUAAUAUUUCCUUUAAUACUCAUAAAUUAAAUAUAUUAAAUGAAGUUAAAGUAAAAAAAUUUAUAUCUGGGGAUCUUAUGAAUCGAAAGAUUAAUAUUUUGACAUGUAAUCCACCAUAUAUCCCUCCAUUAGAAUUUAUCAAUGAUGUUAGAUCAUCUGUAAGAAUGUAUGAACCCAAACUCGCAUUAUUAGGAAAUUUAGAAUUUUAUAAAAAUUUAUGCUUUACAUGGAUAAAACUUGAUUUAAUUGAAUCAUUUGUUUAUGAAAUAGGGGAACUGAGCCAAGCUUCAUAUGUACAACAAAAUGUGCCUCAUACGUGGGUUACUGGUGUCACCUAUGACUCUAACAAUAAACCUAGAUGCAUUUUUGGCUAUAAUAAAACAACUUCCACUAACUAUUCUACCAUCUUCAAUAACUUUCUCGAUGAAUCAUAUCACCCACAAUGA